GUUGUCAUGCGCGUUCCCCAUGUAAACUGUUGUCACAAGGAUCUCAUGCUGCGCAUCAAGACACUUGAAUAAUGCGUAUGUCUUCUAGCUAAUGCAUUCCCAAAUUCACAGUUUUGUGCGAUUAUCUUUAUUUCAAUUAGUGCGUCCCUCAGCAUUGAGCAGUCAUUGGCGGAAAACCCCACUUUACAGCUCCAUCUCUAACACAGUUUACUCACAAUACAACAAUAUCAUGCCUAAAAAGGACAAGACGAGCAAAAGCAACCCAAAACCACCGGAGACACCCCCCGGCCCGGUUACUAAAGUUAAAGACGGGACGAUAACAAUAGCAAUACAUGCUAAACCCGGAGCCAAACAAAACGCAGUCACUGAUGUGUCUGAGGAGGCGGUGGGGGUCGCCAUCGCUGCGCCGCCGACAGACGGAGAGGCCAACGCCGAGCUCCUGCGAUACUUCUCCAAAGUCCUGGAGCUGAAGAAGAGCCAAGUGUCGCUAGAUAAGGGCUCCAAAUCCAGAGAAAAGGUUAUCAGGGUGACUGCAGAUGUCAGCCAGGAGGAAAUCUUGAAGAAACUGAGGACAGAAGCUAGUGGUUGAUACUGAAGUUGAUUUGAGCUUUAUCUACAUGUCACAGUUUACAUCUUAAAACCAUGCAAUAUUAUAUUUACAUUUUGUCAAAUAAAAAGCAAUUGUAUUUCUUAUGUA